AUGGCUUUGGAAUUUGCUGUCUUCUCGUUGUUCACUUAUGCACUCUAUUUCUGCUUGGAUAGGCUUACCGUAACAGCGUUGAUUUUUGUUGCUCGGGCUUUUAUAUCAGGUGCGUUCCAGUGCGCCUACGUCUACACUCCAGAGGUACAAUUCCUUAUACGUUUAAAAUUAUCGAAAUAUUAGAA